GUAGAGCAGCCAGUAAAUCCUAAUGAAGCUGGUCGAUGCCUCCAAGGUGCUGCAUUAGUUUCCGGCUGUGUGGCGAUACAGGAUGAACUGCAGCAGUGUCACACCUGCACUUUAGUUCUGUACUUUACAAAAACGUUUAUAAAGAUGGUGCGAAAGAUGGUGACAAUGAGGAGGAUCCUCCAUGUGAAGAGAGAUGUGCUGUGCACAAUACUGCUACUGACACUCUUCUGUCUACUGCUUUACGCCCACCAGGUUGUAGUCUCCUCUGGAUGGGACAAGCCACUGUGGAAGUUUGAGAUUCACAGCUCUACAAGUUCCAGCCGGACUCUGCUGGAAACCAACUGGGCUGAAGUGGGCCAACAGUCUCCAGAGUCUGUAGCCAACCCAUCACACCUACGCCUGUCCCCUUGCAAGCCUCAGUUCAAGUCUAAAGAAUCUCAGCCCAAGAACAAAUCUCAGGUGAAAUCCAAGUUGCGACGGAAGAAUGCUGUGUCACCCAAGGUCACGGGCAAGGCCCCUCCUACGAUGCCACCAUUUGAUUUCAAGGGUUAUCUGAGAGACAAGGACAACAGGAACUUCAAUCUGAUCAUUGACCAGCCAGAAAAGUGUCACAUGACAGGAGCAGCAGGCGAAGGAGAUCAUUUCAGUGCUCCCUACAUGCUAAUCGCAGUAAAAUCUGUUGCUGCUGAUUUUGAUAAACGUCAGGUAGUACGUCGGACAUGGGGCAAGGAGGAGCGUUCUCAAAGUGGCGUUUCCAUACGUACAGUUUUUCUUCUGGGUAUUCCCCGAAAUCAAACUGCUCUGCCUUUGUGGGAUCGGCUCUUGUCCUAUGAGAGUCAAACUUUUGGGGAUAUCUUGCUCUGGGAUUUUGAGGACACCUUUUUUAAUCUGACACUUAAAGAAACACAUUUUCUGAAAUGGAUCAACAAGAGCUGCCCUGAUGUCAAGUUCAUCUUUAAGGGUGAUGCUGACGUGUAUGUUAAUGUGGAAAACAUAUUAGAGAUGCUACAAGAUCAAAAGCCAGAUGAGGAUCUGUUUGUUGGUGAUAUUAUUAUCCAUGCCAAACCCAUUCGCCGGCGCAGUUCUAAGUAUUAUGUGCCAGAGUUUAUGUAUGGAGGAGGUUUGUACCCAAAUUACGCUGGUGGAGGAGGGUUUGUAAUGUCAGGAUACACAGCUCGGAGACUUAGCUCUGCCUGUCAACAGGUGGAGUUGUUUCCCAUUGACGAUGUCUUUCUGGGAAUGUGCCUUCAGGUUAUUGGUGUAAAACCGUCACGGCACCAGGGCUUUCGCACUUUUGGAAUUCCCCGACCGUCUUCAGCGCCUCAUCUUCAGACAUUUGAUCCCUGUUUCUACCGAGAACUCAUGGUUGUUCACAGUCUCAGUGUUCCCCAGAUCUGGCUGAUGUGGAACCUCCUGCAUGAUCCCAAACUGAGCUGCCGUAAACGAGCCAGUGCAACAGCAUGGCCAUUUAAGUGGAGGGGAACGAUGGGACAGAUGACAGAGAUGGAGAAGGACUAUAGUGAGAAGCAGGUCACGCAUUAGUCAUCUCCUGCACGUCCAAAUGGGAUCUGCCAGAGCCCUAAUAAAUACAAAAUGAGCAUAAUCGAGGAUCUGUGGCCAAUUUGAAAGGCUUCAGACAUAAGCACAGCUGAGUCAUAUGGGACUUGAUCCAAGUUGGAAAACUACAUUGGGGGAAAUUAAUUGGCAGAGAUCAAUUGUGCUUUAAAUUUUUCAGACAGGAAGGAAGGAAGUUCUGUUUUUAGCAUCAGAGCUUCUCUGUUUCUACAUUGUUAACAACUAAGGUGCACAAUUUUGUUUGGCAAAGAUUUUUUAAUGAAUUGAAUAUCUAGAUUUUUUAAAGUAUUUUUUUACGUCAUUGGUUUUGAUUAUGUACACAAAUAUUUCACAUUAGAAGGGACAAUAUAUUUAAAUGUGGUUAGCUGGUAUAACCCCAUCCAUCUAAGGUCAUCAGAAUGUUAAGAUUUUGUCUUUUGUUUGGGUCAGUGGCAGCUAAGACCAGACAAGACUGGGUUGAUGGAAAAGACAGCAGUGAUGUUUAGUAUUUUUCUCAUGUGCUGAUGUGAAUAAAUAGCAGAGAUUCUCCUCUCUUCCUAAUGCUGGACAUAAGUACAAACGGAUGGACACAUUAUCUGUUCCCUCCAGUAACAACAAAAGGAGUCUAAAUAGAAACCAGCUGCACGGGAACCAUAUCACGCAGCAACAAAACAAAACAUUAGGUUUUACUUUAGUAAAAUAAUUCCAAUUCUUCGUCCUAAUUUGUUUUCAUAAGGUGUUUAAUGUCAGAAAGACCUUGUUUGUGUCUCUAAUGUGCUUUGUACUUGUGACCCCUUUUAAGUUUUGCCACCAGUACAACUCUGUCUGUUCUGAAGUCAAGAGGUUCAAGGUUGAAAUAAAAACCUCCUGAUCUCUUUCACAUC